AUGCAGACUGCUUCUACAAACAUUUGUGAAAGACUGUUCAAUAAGUCCAUCCAUGAAAUUUCCUUGCUACUAAAUAAUCCACAGUCAACUGUUAGUGGUAUUAUAACAAAGUGGAAGCAACUGGGGACAGCAGCAACUCAGCCAAAAAGUGGUAGGCCAUGUAAACUGCCAGAGCGGGGGGUCAGCAUAUGAUGAAUGAAGCGCAGUGUGCAGAAGUCGCCAAUUGUCUACAGUUCAAUAGAUAAAGACCUCCAAACUUCAUGUGGCCUUCAGAUUAGCACAACAACAGUGUGUAGAGAGCUUCAUGAAAUUGGUCUCCAUAGGUUUCCAUAGGUCGAGCAGCUGCAUCCCAG